GACGAGCCGCUGGACGUUUAAAACCCCAGGGUUUUUUCUUCUGGUUUGAUCCAUUCUCUUGUGUUUGUCAGCAGCGGAGCUAUGGCGAGCAAGAUCGUGGCUAGGGUUUCUCCCAAGCAGCUCAAGGCGUGCAUUGCCAGGGCGAAUCAUCGCGGCUACUCUAACGCCGCCGCGGCCGCCGCGGCGCAGCAGGCACCCCAGGAUCAGCAGCGCCGGGGCAUUCGCAAGGAUGUUUCGCCGUUCCUCCCGUUCGGGGUCAUUGACAUCUGGGAGCCAAGGAGCCUCCGCCAGAUGCUGGACACGAUCGACCGCUACGUUGACAGCCCCGCUGCCUUUCCGGCCGCCUUGGGAGGACUAUCCCCGCGCACGAGCAUGAGGACGCCAUGGGACAUCGUGGAGAAGCCCGAGGCCUUCAUCAUGCGCGUGGACAUGCCGGGGCUGGACAAGUCGGAGGUGAGCAUCGGCGUGGAGGACGAGGAGCUGGUGAUCCGCGGCGAGCGCAAGGCCGCGGAGGGAGACGUGUUUGGCGACAGCCGGAGCUACAACACGAGGAUGGUGCUGCCCAAGGAGGUUGACAAGGGGAGCAUCAAGGCGGAGCUCAAGAACGGCGUGCUCAUCGUCGUGGUGCCCAAGAUCAAGCCCGAGGCCAAGAAGGUGACCCAGAUCCAGGUCUCGUGAGCGCUCAUCUCAGCCCAAAGCUACAUUUUGAUUUGUUAGUUUUGUGAAAAUUUUGCGUUGGUAAAGAACAAUCGUUCUCUUAUUAUGUUUAUGGAAAAGAAAGGUAUAGGAAUGUGCUCGAAGAAAGAUCUGGAAGCAGAUCCUUGAAAUAUUCCUUUUGA